AUGACCAGAACUAAUAAAGUAAGCGAAAAGCAACAAGAACCAAAAUGGUUUACUCAUCAUGGCUAUCACGACAGUGACCCAACCAAAGUAAAAAAGGACGGUGCUGGUAAGAACAAUUGGGGUCAACCAGGUGAUGAAUUGGAUAAGGAUGAAUUUAAUUUCAAUAAGUCAGCUGGAAGAAGAAAUUCCAACCAUGCCUUGAAUGAAGAACGAUUAAACAACUUGAAUGACAAAUUAGACGAAGAAAUGUUAAAAGAUUAG